AUGGCACCAUCAUCAGAUCCAACAUCUUUCUUGACAUCAUGCAUACAGCGUGACAAGAAGCUCGUCACCUACCGUCUGCUUAGCCGCGAACUGCGCAUCCACGUCGAUGAAGCUAAGAAGGCCCUGGCUGCGUUCUACGAGUCGCACAAGGACAAGUCUAACCUGGACGCAACCUACAUCCUCAUCGGAAAAGCGGCAUUCGCCGAACCCCAAUCCGAUGCAGCCGCUGCUCCGAAAGCAGACGAGGAGCAGCCGGAAGAUGGCAAGCCGAUCGGGUCUUCGUCAACGCCCAGCUCCUCGACCGUGCCUGCUCGUAGCUUCCUCGAUUCGCGCGUCACGCAACGUCAGACGAGGACCAACGUCACACGCAAAGUGAUCCGCCUCGUCUCGGCGGCGCAUCUCGAUGAGGCACAAUCAUCGUUCGAGCAAAUCACGUCUUGUCAUAUCUACUCGAUAUCACCGGGCCGUCUUCGCGACGCUACGCAACUCACGGCGGUUCAGCACGACUUGCAUACACAGCAAAAGUACAUAGAUACAUGGCAGCAGACCAAUCGCGGUGCCGAGUUGGGUGUCAUUGUGAAUCCCACCAUCAAAGACAAUUACGAUCCGACUAAGGCGAUCCCGAGCUUGGGAGCCCCUAGUGCGCCUGCUCUUCCUGCGUCCAAAGACAACAAGUCGGCAAACAGCAGCAUCGCUAGCAAAGUCAAAACGGAACCGGAUGCAAAGACCUCAUCUACAACAACCGCUACUGCAAAGGCGACACCGGCAGCGCCGCCAGCAUCAGCGAGUAGCAAGAAGAGCGGCCUCGACUGGAGUCGAGCCAAGCCUAAGGACUCCGAGCCAAAGCCCGCGCCCGUCAAGAAGGAGGCGCCGAGCUCCGCCAAGCGCUCAUCAACGAGAAAAGCCCUGCUUGGGAGCGACGAUGAAGACGAUGACGACGACAACAGCAGACGCAAACCACUCCUUGUCGACGACGACGAGGAUGACGAGGACGACGACAAGCCCGAGAAGCUCGGCUAUGCCGACGACGACGAUUCGGAUGGGGACGUCAAGAUGUCGGAUCCAGUACCCAGUGCAGCGCCGAGAGGAACGGGCAAACGUGCCGAUGCAAGGUCUCAAACCAAAGCGCAAGAAGCUGCGCAACGCAAGAAGCUCGAAGCCAUGAUGGAUGAUGAUGACGACAACGACAACGACGUGCAGGUCGUCGAGCCCAGCGGUGUCAGCAGCAGCGCCACAAAGACGGGCCAGGGCAAAGACCUGGACCCAGACGUCCCUAUGGCCAAUUCCACCGUCACCGAUACGAUGGACGGCACCCAGAAUGCGCCCAAACGACGGGUGCGCAAAAAGCGCAAGAUUGGCAGCAAGAAGGUGCGCACCAAAGACGAGCGCGGAUACACGGUGACAAAGACAGUGGACGAGUACGAGUCGUAUUCGUCCGAGGAGUCGGAUGCGCCCGUCGUGGUCGGGUCCAAACGUGCGAGUGGUGCGGCCAAGAAGGAGGCAGCGGAAGAGUUGGCCGAGGCGAGGUCGACAUCCACCUCUGCUUCAGCAAGUCCUGCCCCAGCUGCUGCCGCUAAGUCUACACCAGCGUCCAACAACUCGGGCGGUCUGCGCAAACCUUCAGGAGGUGCAACCCCGGCGCCUGCCAAAAAGGGACAGCAGAGUCUCAACAGCUUUUUCACUCGGAAACCAAAGUGA